UCCCUGUUUCCUUUGCCGUCACAUUUCUCUAACCACGCGCGUGUGAUUCUGGCGCUGGGAACGAGAUUACGCGCUUUGUCCUAGUAUGUUGUUGCGGUUUUUGAAAUACAUGAUCUCAUGAUUUUCGACCCCGGUACGCGGCGCCGUAGUUCUCGCCUGUCUCCCGGGUCAGCAGAAGCGCCGGCAGGUUUCACGGUCUCCCAAGACAUCGACGCUCAAAGCAGAGGCACGAACGCCUGAGUGGCAGGAGUGACACGACAAGAAGAGAAAGGGAGGAUGGCAGCUCUAAGCUUGGGGCUCAGUGGAGUCCGGAAGAGGGCUGCCGCUGGCCGCGCAGUGGAAAGGAAAAAUCUGAUUACCGUCUGCAGGUUCUCUGUGAAGACAAUGAUUGACCGCUCGUGCUUUGACACUGUGGAUGACUUGUCUCCCGAAUUCACCAACUUUGUGUCCAUCCUUGAGCAGAUCCUCAGUCAUCGGCUCAAAGGGCAACUGAGCUGGUUUGGAUAUGAGAGUGCCAGGAGUUUCUGGGACUACGUUCGACUGGCCUGCAGUAAAGUCCCCCAUUCCUGCAUCCACAGCAUUGAGAGCAUGGAGAACGUACGCAGCUCCAGAGCCAAGGGUAGAGCUUGGAUCAGAGUGGCUCUAAUGGAGAAGCGUUUGUCUGAGUACAUCUCUGCCGGGCUGAGAGACUUCAAAACCACAAGGAGGUUUUAUGAGGACGGAGCGAUCAUGUUGGGGGAGGAGGCAGGGCUGCUGGCUGACACCCUCAUCGGACUCAAUGCCAUCGACUUCAGUUUCUGUCUGAAAGGCGAGGGGCUGGAUGGAAGCUGCCCUGCAGUCAUUGACUACACACCAUACCUCAAGUUCAUCCAGACGUCGGACAGCAUCAGCAGCGAUGAGGAGGAGAUGCGGACGCUAGGCAGUAGUGGCAGCGAGGCCAGCACCCCAGAGUCCAACAUGGCUGCUGCACUCCUCAGCCAGCAGAGUAGCUGGUUCAGCAAGUGCAAGCGUGUGGAACAGAAGUACAGAGUGGCCCUGGAACAGAAGGGCUACCUGGAGGAGUUGGUGCGUGCGCGGGAGGCCCAGCUGGCUGAGUGUGUGUCUCAGAAUAAAGUCCUGAUGCAGCGCCUGUCAGACUCAGAGCUCGGACACAAGCUGGAGAAAGAGCAACUGGAAUUCAUCAUUCUGGAGCUGCAGGACCAGCUGACGGUGCUGAAGAACCAUGACAUGCGCUCCAGGCAAGAGUUGACCGCACACCUGACCAAUCAGUGGCCUUCACCUGGAACCGUGGAUACUAACGCCGUUGCCCUGGAUACACUCUUGUACAGAAAACACACAGGACAGUGGGAAGAGAAAAGCUUUCAGAGUCUGGAGCAGCUUUCAACAGACAUGAGCCUCUCUCAGACAUCUCUUGAUCCCGCACAAACACACUCGCACACACACAGCCUCGAGGGCAAGGCUGGUCUCACACACUGGCACAGAGAAGAGAUUGGAGGGAGAAGUUCUCAGGGUUUGAGCUCUCUGCGCAGAAAUUGGAGGGAGAGAGGGAGACGUCAGCCCUUCUCAGGGUAUGCGCUCUCUGGAGACGUUGUAUUAGUUACUUCAUUAAGAAGACUGCCAUGACUGCAGAAACUCAUUACCGCCAUCGUUAUAGCAUCAGGCCCAACAAGAAGAUGAAAUUUAACCUCUUGUGUUGGUAUUUGCCCAAGAGCUCUUUUGUUUACGUUCCCUUGUUUAUUAACUUGUUGUCUUGUACAGUGUAUAUUAGGAGUAAUGGAUUUGCUUCGGUCCAUGUUUUCACGUUAUGCUUUUAUCAAUAAGACUCUCUGCCUUACCUUUGUAAUUACACUGAAAUGCUCUGAAAACACACUGAAAAUGAACUGUUCUUGAGCAGAGAAUAUUGCCAGAUGCUGUUUGAUGGGCUGCUGCUAAUAUGUUGUACUGAAAGUCUAAUGAGUGGUUUAGUCAUACUAACAUAUUUGAGUAGUCUACUUUUUUUAAGAUGCCCAAUGUUACAUACAGUAUGUCAAUAUGAGAAGUGUCCAUGGUGUGUGGUCAGUGUUCUGUAAUGUAUGCAUGUGUGUAUGUCUUUGUUCUUCUUCCAGGUAAAGAGGACACUCCAUCAUUGCGUGGGCUUUGUGGCUCUCUGACGUCUGUGGGCAGUUUUAAGUCUCUGACCAGCCUCAAG